GUAAUGUUGUGGAGUAACGUGUUCCGCAAAAGUUUUUAACGUCGAUAUAGAAUUUAUAAAUAGAUCGGUGGUGUACUCACGUAUGUGCACGCGUACGUAUGUGUGCGUGAUUACGCGCGCACAUGUACGUGAUUUUCACUCGAGACUGAAGCAGUGAAUUAUUCUCGUGCGGAUCAACCGCUCGUGGGGGAAAUUCGAGAUCCGGCUUACCUUCCGCAGCUGACGUCAUUACCGUACACAAUGCGUUAGGGGUGAUGGAGACAGUGAGCAAGCAAGUCCAGGUAGUGAGCGGACUGGGGGUGGGGGGUCCAGUGGGCCCUGUGGGUCCAGUGGGGGGAGAUUUGCAUCACCAUCAUCAUCCUCACCCCCACUCUCAUCCUCCACACCCACAUGCCCACCCCCACGGUCAUCCUCACGGGGCCCAUGGCCACUCUCUCGUCGGCGUAACGUCGACCCCUGGCAGGGGUCAGGCACAACCACCGGUCUCCCAUAACCAACAUUUACCCGCGAGAUCUACUCCAGUACAGCUGCACAGGUCGCCGCAAAGUUACGUAAACAUCAAGAGUAGCAGUCCCGUAUCACCGAGAACGGUUGGAUCAGGCGUGACGUACGUCCAGGGUGGUGCAGUUGCAUCUUCCGCAGCUGCGGCGGCUGGAGCAGCUGGAACUGGGACUGCUGGAGGUCCUUCAAUUGGUGGAGGCGGUGGCGGAAGUGUUAGCAACGCUGGUAAUGCGAACAGUGGAACCAGUGUUGUUGGGGCUGGUGCUGGUGUCGUGGCCGUUGGGAACGUAGCACCACCCGGAAGUGGGAAUAGCAGUGGUAACGGUAGCAGUGCCGGCGCGGGAAGCAACAGUGGGAGCGGUACAGUGGGUGGUGCACCAGGAGGUUACGUUGCUGUACCCAUGGCUGGUGGUCUACGAUACAUCCAUCCGUACCCACCGACGCCAACGUCGGCGUCGGUGCCAGCCGUUGUCACGGUGGUCACUUCAGCCUCGUCGGCGUCGACUCCUGUACCAGUUCCAGCUCCCGCGGUCGCACCUGCGAAUUCACCCACAGUCAGUCAAACGCCACCACCAUCGCUCUCGGGAACUGCUUACGCCCCGAGAGAUGCAUAUCGCAGCGCCACCACGAAUGUGAACGAGAGGAUCGCUAUCAGCGUGAGCAGCAGUCCUCUGUCGCAGAUUGGAGUCGGUGUUGGAGUAGUUACGGGCGAAUAUGCGUCGGCAAGCAGUAUCGUUAGUAGCAUGGGUGGUGGAAGAGGAGACAGACCGAGGAUAUCUCUUUUGCCGCCCGCUUCGGUGACGCCGACACCUUCACCAACAGCUCCUUCAGACUAUCAGCACGUGACCAAUGCGAGGAAUUCACGAAUAGCCCUGAUGCCCGUCCAGCCGGAUCAGUAUUGCAGCCGUACGGCCGUUGAAAUGGCCAAUCUGCAGGAGGCGCCACCCUUCAAGAAAAUACGCUUGGCCCAACCAAGCCAAGUUCAGUUACAGUCCCAAUCGCAAUCUCGCUCUCAGAGCCUAUCACCCGCCGACCCCUGCGGUAAACAAGAACACGUGGUGCAGUUGCAACAGCCGCUUAGGAUAGACACUAGGGAGCAGCCCAUCACGGGUGCGUAUACACCGCAAACAGAAGCGAUAUCACCCACGCUUCCGGAACCGAACACGCAGGAAGACGCGCAAUUUAGGAGUACCAAGGACGAUCUUUUGCAGCAGAUCGCCAAGGUCGACCGAGAGAUUGCAAAAAGAGAGUCCCAGAUAAAUAAGCUUCGGAAAAAGUUGAAAGAAUUGGAAGAGGCAGCGAACAAACCUCUGGAAGCCAGUGGUCUUAAACGACCAGUCGAGGAGCAGUCGCAACAACCAAAGCAUCAAUCUCUGGCACAAAAAAUUUAUGCUGACAAUAGGAGAAAGGCAGAGGAAGCCCAUAGGCUUUUAGAGAGGCUAGGUCCAAAAGUGGAGCUACCCUUGUAUAAUCAGCCGUCGGAUACGAGUGUGUACCAAGAAAAUCGUACGAAGCAUCAAACAUGUAUGAGGGCCAGGCUUAUAGCGAGGCUUCGAAGAGAACACGCCGAACGAGCGUCUCUUCAUCGACAACAGUCUCGAACGUACGCUAUUUUGGUGCAGGAAUGGCAUCGUAAGAUAGAACGAUUGGAAGCAACACAAAAGAGAAAGUCAAAAGAAGCGAAAAAUCGUGAGUUCUUCGAGAAAGUGUUCCCCGAGUUGCGGAAACAGAGGGAAGAUAAGGAACGUUUUAAUAGAGUCGGUGCUCGUAUCAAGAGCGAAGCUGAUUUAGAAGAAAUUAUGGACGGCCUUCAAGAACAAGAGAUGGAAGAUAAGAAGAUGCGUUCGUACGCAGUGAUACCUCCUUUGUUAUUGGAUACAAAACAGAGACGAAUCGCGUUUCAGAAUCGAAAUGGUCUACUUCAGCCGGAAGAAUUAGAGGCUCUUCACAGUGAACGAAAGUUAAUCAACGUAUGGAGUCCUGUGGAGCACGAAUUGUUUAAAGAGAAAUAUUUACAACAUCCUAAGAACUUUGGAACGAUAGCUCAAUCUUUAGAACAUAAGUCCGUUCCAGAUUGCGUGCAUCAUUACUACCUCACUAAAAAAGCAGAAAAUUAUAAGCAGCUAUUGCGAAAGUCGCGGCAACGAACACGUAGCUCUCGGAACAAUCCUAAUAAUAAAGUAAAUAAUACCAGUUCAAGUAUUGGACCUAUAGACAUUCUUACUACGGGUGUUACGACGAGGCUGCAACGUGAGCAGCAACAAAAAACACAAGAAAAUCCGCAGAAUAGUUCGACAGCAACGUCGACUACAACGACGACGACCACCACCACAACAGCAUCGAACGUAUCGACGAGCAAUGCAUCAACAAUAGUGACCACUUCGACGACUUCUUUAAGUUCGACAACGUCGAGUAUGUGCUUAACGACUGAAUCCGUGAUAACGUCAACGAUAGCGACAACGACAUCUAUACUGAGUACCACGACGUCUUGUGUCACCCCGUUGAUGACGUCGAACGCGAAGGAUAACAGGGAAACCAACAAAGAAAACAAAGAAAUUAAAACGGAACCUAAGGAGUCGCAUCUUAUCAAAGUGGAGGUGAAGGAGGAACCGCAGUUGAGUUCUGAAACGUCAGGAAAGGAUGUUAAAGUGAUGGAGGCGAACAGCGGCGGCGUAACCAGCGUCGGAGCCGUGAGUCGGAUAAAGGAGAAGAAGAAGGAUAAUCACGCGAUGCCUAUGGAGACCAGCGAUGAAGAGGCACAAUCGAUGGACGCCAUCGAAGGCAGCAGACAGAUCGGACCACACGCAUGCACAGUUUGCCAGAACGUAGUCGAAGGCAGCGCGCAAAGUCGGACCCUACCUAGAAGUCAAGCGUCCCAGUAUGGACUUCGAGAAGAUCAAGUAGUACCCGGUGCACGUGUAUGUAACACCUGCCGGUGUAAAGCUGUCAGGGGACGGUAUACCGCAUGUCCUUUGCCCGGUUGCCCGAAUUUGAACAACGCCAGCUCGAAGACCAGAGUGAAACGACUGAGAGCGUUGCCCGCCAAGUGGCUUGAUCUACCGGCUGAGAUUCGUGACCCGAUUAUCCAAGAGUUCCAAAUACCUAGCAAUGUGACAAAAUGCUGUUCAGCCUGCUUUAACCGAAUAUCUCGACGUCUAGCGCCGCACCUAACUGGUGGCAGCGAGGUCGCCGAAGACACAACCGAUUCCUUAGUCCGGCAGUGGACGGACGAGGAACUGGAACAGCUCAGAAGAGCCCUUAGAGAACACGGCACCAACUGGGUAAAGGUCGCCGAACAGAUCCCUGGGAAGACGAACCAUCAAUGCAAGAACUACUACUUCGCGUACCGAAAGAAACUUAGCCUGGAUCAAGUGGUCGCCGAGUAUUAUCAAUCUUUGGGCGAAGAUAGGAGACCUUGCUUGACGGAUGAAGAAGAGAGCGGGAGUAGUACGAGUAGCUGCGACGAGCUGGCGGUUCACGAUUCAAGCGACACAGCCAGCGCAGGCAGCCCAGCGAAUAAUAUGUCAAGCGGAACACCAGGAACACCAGGUGCAUCCGCGUCUACGACUUUGCCUAUAUCUUUUCCACGAACGACAGACCAAAAGCUUGGCGACAAGCUGGCGGACAUUGCUGUGGUAUCUUUAGUACCACCGGUAAGCAUAGGUUCGUCACAACAGUCUUCCACCAGCGGAAGUAGCAAUGCUGCUUCAGCUAGCGCUAGAGAAGAUUACGAUAGUUCAGCCACGGAGACGGCGGACGAAGGUCAGGGAGGUGCCGAUUUAGAAAAUAGUAGCGUCGUUGUAACCCUGACAACUGCCAACAAUUCGACACAACUCCAGCAACACCAACAAUCACAUCAACAAGUUCCACCGCCUUCGCAUUCGCCUCCAUCAACCACCAGCAACUCCAAUCCUCUAACCGUUAAAGAUCUUAUGCUUGGUGUUAUCGAGAUGCAAUUGAAACGCAAUCCAAACAGUCCAGCUAGUACCGGGGGUUCCUCGGUGCCAGUCAAUUCUGGUACGCCAACUAUAUCCAGUAUAUUGAAGACCGAUCACCGGAACGACAUUACAUUCGUGCGAGAAUAUAAGCCGUCAAAUUCUAUGGCAAACACCACUAUGUCGAGGGACUUGAAUUUGGCUACAUUGUCGGUUGUGUCGGGUCCUCAUCACGGACAUCGUUCUGCUCCUAGUCCUCAACAAAUUGGCCAAAUGCAAGCAACAAUUACCCCCUGUCCACCAGCGGCAUCAAGCAGUCAGUCUUCAUCGUCGGACUUGAUUCCAAAGGAAGGAUUAAUCGUGAUGCAAGUGCAACAAGCGCUGCGAGAGACCGAAGGCACCCUCGACUUGAGUAUUAAAAAACCAAGGCAACAACAAGAAUACAAUCAUUCCUUGCAGCCCAUUCAUAAGCCACCGACGGUUGCCCUCUAUCGUCCAGAACCUUCUCCCGGCGCUUACUACCAUCAUCACGCUCAUCCAGAGCAAAGCCGUAGUGCAAAAAGCCCAUUGGUUUAUGCUUCUUCCCCACGACCUCAGGCACCUUUGACACCUAAAAUGAAUAAGGUCGCCGUGCCGCCACCUCAUCCAAAACUGUCACCCAAAUUGAACAGUAUGGGGACACCUGUUCACAAGAGUGGCUCCAUCACGCACGGUACACCCGUGUCCAGCGCGCGUUACGAGGGUCUUCUCAGACAAAUGACGCCUCCAGGAAACCCUGUCAGUGCCACUGGCACGCAGAACGUUACCAGCGGCACCGGCGUCGUUAAUGCCUCCAAUAAUCAAGGACCUAAAGAAACGGGUUCCAUAACCCAAGGCACUCCUGUCCAUCCCUUCGCGGUGGACAAACGCGCUCCCAUGUACGAUUAUCACAGAACUAUCAGACACUCGCCCGUAACGACAGGCAACAUUCCUGGACAAGGCCAAAGUCAAGCAGGAACCGCUGCAGUCGUAGUGACACAUAGUAAUCAAUACAAUUCUUAUCCCGGGCGGCCACCACCUAGCUACACGAUGGAGCAACAGCUAUCCUCCAGACAGAUCAUCAUGAACGACUACAUAACCAGCCAACAGAUGCACGCGCGCAGCCGAAGUGUUGGCACGUCGGAAGGCAGUAACAAAAACGAACCGCCAUCGACGUUGUACUACACAAGCACUCCGCCCCCGCAGUCGCAUACGCAACCCCGUCAGGGAGUCAUCCAGAGGCAUAAUCCUCAGAAACAGAUUCACUACCCACCUCCACCACCGGGACUGGAAGCCUUUUCCAGUUUAGUGGAUGUCGCCGUGCAACAACCGAGUCUUCCAGUUCCCCAUCCGCACAGCCACCCCGCGUCUGUUAGCAGCAGCCACGAGGGUCUCGGCAAGACCAUGGCGGACAGGCUAUUAGCCGACCGUUAUGGUGAUAAGCAUCGCUUGGCUAUGCAUCAGGCGGAUCACAGAAUGACGGUGGCUCAUCAUCACCAACGGGAUCGAGACAGAGAACGCGAUUUGGUUCAUCUACGCGAGAAAGAAGAGUAUAGGUUGCAACGGGAAAAGGAAAUUCAGCAGCAAGAGCACAGAUUAGCUCAGCAGAGAGAAAAAGAUGCGCAACAUGCUGAGCACCGAUUAUCUAUGCAACAGAGAGAGAAAGAUAUACAACACCCCGAUCACCGUCUUACCGUCCAUCAGCAGAGAGAAAAGGAAAUACACCAGCAAAUGGCUGCGGCCGCUGCACAGCGAGAGAAGGAACAUCAGGAGCAUCGAUUGGCCGUGCAACAGCAAAGAGAAAGGGACAUGCAUAUACAACAGCAACAGCAACAGCAACAACAGCAACAGCAACAGCUUCAACAGCAUAUUCAGCAGCAGCAAAGAAUGGAAGCUGAGAGGAGGCAUAUGGCGCAGUUAUAUAGAGACCAGCAACAACAACAGCUUGAUAGGGACGCUAGCAGGUUAAUGAACAGUGGGUUUACUCAAUCAUCGAGACAUCAACAACCGCAGCAAUCGCAGCAGCAACAGCAGCAAUCAUCGUCUAGGCAAAGUCAGUCCUCCUCAAGCCAGCCGCAGAACGAGCCAGCGUCUACCUUAACCGCCGCCAGUUUAAUAGAUGCUAUUAUAACUCACCAAAUUAAUCAGAGCGUUGAAAACACUAGUGGAAAUUCCCAGCCGCAACGACCGGGCGAUCGUCUUUUCCAGGGAUUCCAUCGGGAAGCACCGGCAGAACCUAAUGGGAUGGCUCAUAGUCCUGCUGGCGAAGGUAACGGAGGGAAUAGCGGAGCGGGAAGCGGUAACGGAAGUGGAAACAAGCCGAUUACUCUUGGAGAACAUGUGGACCACAUUGUUUCUAAAGAUUACGGCCCUCCGCAUUCCUCGUAUAGAUCUUAUAGCGGGUACCAAAUUUCGGAAGAUCAAUGGAAGAGGCGAAAAGCCAACGAGUCCGAAUCCGUUAAAGCUGGAGAUGAACGUCAGAUAAUCCGUGUGACGCAACAGCAGUCACAACAACAGCAGCAGCAACAACAGCAACAACAACAACAGCAACAGACUGCGUCCGUGGUAGGAAAGCAACAGUUCCAUUCAGUCGAGCCUGUGUCGCCACCGGAAGCAGGUACCAAUCAUUAUGGACGUCGUUUGUACGAAACAACCACUGCCACUUCGACUUCCGGAACCCCUUCCAACAAGCCCCAUCUUUCGCCACUGGAUUACGUAAAGAAUAAGAUCGUCGAAGUAAUGCGUACAUCCGAGGACGAUAAAGGUGGUAGCACAGGUGACAGGAACGGAGGGAACGUUACUAGUGGAGAGAAGGACGAAAAGAUAGGAGGAAAUAUAGAGAGUCCUUCCAGCGGAGAGAUGAUGGUCGACGAGGCACCGAAUCAAGCUCCGCAACCUCCUGCACCAGCUCCUACAACCACCUUCUAUCCGUUCAGUGCGUUAGGAGUGCAUACUGGCCCGCCACCAGCGCCGCCACCCCCGACUUCCGGUUCCGCUUCCGUAACUAAGUCGGAACAAAUGCAAGCCGAGCCGGCGCCGUUGCUAUCUGCCCAGUACGAACCACUUUCUGACGAGGAUUGAUAAUCUAAUAAUUUAGCCACGUACAGAUCGACACGCUGUGACACGUUUCUUAGGGUAUUUACACACACUUUGUCACGAUCGAACGUUUCCACGAUUAGCAGUGUUUGUCGGGUGUUAGCCGUUGCGUUCUUACUGGUCAUCAGGUUCUGAUCGCAUUGGGGAGAUUCAGUUUCAUUUUCUGUUUCGUUCUCUUCAAUCUUUUUUUUCUCUCUUCCCCCCUCUCCCCGACCCCU